AUGUACAUCCCCACGACACAGAGCGUCAUCACUGCCGGCCUGGCCAUGACGGGUCUCUUGAAAGAUCGUACGCCAACCCCGUCACCUCUUGAUCUCCCCAUCUCAGAAGCCUCUGAACUGACUCCAAACCUCAUCAAAACAGCUUCCACCGUUGCCUCGGGGAGUGUGCUCGACUACGCCGUGGAAAAGUGCCUAGACGCCGACGGCAACACGCGAUGCAGCAAACCUUUUCUGGUUACCAAGUCGACCUGCUACGAGAUCGAGUGGCACACCGAGGGCGUCCUGACGCACACCACGGCCGAGGUCCGCGACGCCGGCUCGGGCGAAAUGGUCUACUACCGCGACACCAACGGCCAGUGGACGCCCGACAAGGGGGAGCUGGUGUAUCUGGACUUCAAGCCCAAGAUUGUGGCCACGGGAAACCAGACGGUCGAUUAUACGGUCAAGACAUGCGAGUAG